ACGGCCGCUAGCGACGGUGGUGAGGCAGCGGGGAGGGUGCUCGACGACGCGAUCUGGAGGAGAGAGACAGAUGCGUGGGCGGGGUUGUCUGUAGUUAGGGUUUAUGUAUACGAGAUGCCGGCGAAGUUUACGUACAAUCUGUUGCGGCUUUUUCGGGACACGUACAAGGAUACCUCUAAUUCAACUUCGAAUGGGAGUCCUGUUCAUCGCUUAAUCGAGCAGCAUUCCAUUGAUUAUUGGUUAUGGGCAGAUUUGAUUGCGCCACAAUCAGAGAGGCUUUUGAAAAAUGUUAUCAGGGUUCAUCAGCAAGAAGAGGCAGACUUGUUCUAUAUACCAUUUUUCACAACAAUUAGCUACUUUUUGCUGGAGAGACAACAGUGCAAAGCACUUUAUAGGGUGUGGAAGCUUGCCCAAGGUUUACUUUUAAGCUGGUUUUUGUACACUGUGCUUAACCUAGUAAAACAUCCAUUUUAAAGACAAUACUUUAGGAUAGCUUAUUUUAAUCAUUCAUUUUGCUAUCCCAAACUCGUGGAUGUCCAUUCAUUAGGCUUAUGGUUCGGUUUCGCUAAUGUUUCCCUGCAUUGACUAAAUUUUUGAAACUACGCAGUUAAGCAACAUCUUGUCAAC